GUGCCCAUAAAGCCCCCUCCCUCCUCCUUUUCCUUCUAUAACAGAACCCACUCACCUCACCACCAUUGCAGACCUUCAUUUCUCUCUCUCUCUCUCUCUCUCUCUCUCUCUCUCACUGUGACGGCGUUAGGGUUUCCCUAAGGCCUAGUAAACAUGGCCACGUCAUCGUCGGCCUUGCUCAGAGCUCCGCGGUUGCGAUUCUCGUCGUCGUUGUUUUCAGCCUCGGCUUCUUCGUCUUCGCAAGCGUACGCGUCGUUUGCGAAUCAGAAGCAGAGGUUCUUAUCGACGAAGGCGUUUCGGUCGCUGAGGUGGUCGGCGACGACGCGGUGGAGCCACGGCGUGAAUUGGCGGGGAUGCGGAUCUUCCGUUAGCCUCCGAGCCCAGGCCCGAACCGCCGCUCCGGUUCUCGACCGAAAUUUCUCAACUUCCGCAACUGAACAUGCUUUCAAGAAAAUAUUGACCAGUCUUCCCAAGCCUGGAGGUGGCGAGUUCGGGAAAUUCUAUAGUUUGCCGGCUCUGAAUGAUCCCAGAAUUGACAGGCUGCCAUACUCUAUAAGGAUUCUUUUGGAAUCUGCCAUACGUAAUUGUGACAACUUCCAAGUUACCGUUGAUGAUGUUGAAAAGAUUAUUGAUUGGGAGAAUACAUCUCCAAAGCAAGUUGAAAUUCCCUUCAAGCCUGCUCGUGUUCUCUUGCAGGACUUUACUGGAGUACCGGCAGUGGUUGACCUUGCUUGCAUGCGGGAUGCCAUGACGAAGCUUGGUGCCGAUCCUAACAAGAUCAAUCCAUUGGUUCCAGUAGACCUUGUUGUUGAUCAUUCUGUUCAAGUUGAUGUGGCUAGAUCCGAAAAUGCAGUACAGGCUAAUAUGGAACAUGAGUUUCGGAGGAAUAAGGAGAGAUUUGCUUUUCUUAAGUGGGGAUCAUCUGCUUUCCAUAACAUGCUUGUCGUUCCUCCUGGUUCAGGAAUUGUUCACCAGGUUAAUCUGGAAUACCUUGGAAGGGUUGUUUUUAACACUGAUGGCACUCUCUACCCUGAUAGUGUGGUGGGUACUGAUUCCCACACAACUAUGAUUGAUGGGUUGGGAGUUGCAGGCUGGGGAGUUGGAGGAAUAGAAGCUGAGGCAACAAUGCUUGGGCAGCCAAUGAGCAUGGUGUUGCCUGGUGUUGUUGGAUUCAAGUUGUCGGGAAAACUGCAUAAUGGUGUUACCGCGACUGACUUAGUUUUAACUGUGACCCAAAUGUUGAGGAAGCAUGGUGUUGUUGGCAAGUUUGUUGAGUUUUAUGGUGAGGGUAUGGGUGAAUUAUCACUGGCUGAUAGGGCCACUAUUGCUAACAUGUCUCCCGAAUAUGGGGCAACCAUGGGCUUUUUCCCUGUAGAUCAUGUGACAUUGCAAUACCUUAAAUUAACUGGAAGAAGUGAUGAGACAGUGUCAAUGAUAGAAACAUAUUUGCGUGCAAACAAAAUGUUUGUUGACUAUAAUGAGCCUCAACAAGAAAGAGUGUACACAUCUUAUCUGCAAUUGGACUUGGCAGAUGUUGAACCCUGUGUUUCAGGACCAAAGCGGCCUCAUGACCGGGUCUCAUUGAAAGAGAUGAAGGCUGACUGGCAUGCAUGUCUUGACAACCAAGUUGGAUUUAAGGGCUUUGCUGUACCAAAAGAGGAAAAGGAUAAGGUUGUAAAAUUUUCAUUCCAUGGACAACCUGCUGAACUUAAGCAUGGUAGUGUGGUCAUUGCAGCUAUUACAAGUUGUACAAACACAUCAAACCCUAGUGUCAUGCUUGGCGCUGGUCUUGUUGCAAAGAAAGCCUGUGAACUAGGUUUGCAGGUUAAACCAUGGAUUAAAACAAGUCUUGCUCCUGGUUCUGGAGUUGUUACUAAAUAUCUGCUCAAGAGUGGUCUGCAAAAGUACUUAAAUGAGCAAGGCUUUCAUAUUGUUGGCUAUGGCUGUACAACAUGUAUUGGGAAUUCUGGGGAACUUGAUGAAUCAGUCGCUUCUGCAAUUUCAGAUAAUGACGUUAUUGCUGCUGCUGUUCUGUCUGGAAACAGAAACUUUGAAGGCCGUGUGCACGCAUUAACGAGAGCUAACUAUCUUGCUUCACCUCCUUUGGUUGUUGCCUAUGCACUGGCUGGCACGGUUGACAUUGACUUUGACAAAGAGCCAAUUGGCACAGGGAAGGAUGGGAAGAGUGUAUACUUCAAAGACCUCUGGCCCAGUAAUGAAGAAAUUGCAGAGGUAGUCCAAACUAGUGUGUUGCCUGAUAUGUUCAAGAGCACUUAUGAGGCUAUCACAAAGGGGAACCCCAUGUGGAAUCAGCUUUCGGUCCCCUCUUCAACUCUUUACUCUUGGGAUCCAAAUUCAACCUACAUUCAUGAGCCACCAUAUUUUAAUGACAUGACUAUGGACCCUCCUGGUCCUCAUGGAGUAAAAGAUGCCUUUUGCUUGCUCAAAUUUGGUGACAGUAUAACCACUGAUCAUAUAUCUCCAGCAGGGAGUAUCCACAAGGAUAGCCCUGCUGCAAAGUAUCUACUUGAGCGUGGGGUUGAUUACAAGGACUUCAAUUCCUAUGGAAGUCGUCGCGGCAAUGAUGAAGUCAUGGCAAGGGGUACUUUUGCCAAUAUUCGUCUUGUCAACAAGCUCUUGAACGGAGAAGUGGGUCCCAAGACAAUUCACAUCCCAACAGGAGAGAAGCUUUAUGUGUUUGAUGCAGCAAUGAAGUACAAGGCUGCUGGGCAGGACACAAUUGUCUUAGCUGGAGCAGAGUAUGGAAGUGGCAGUUCUCGAGAUUGGGCUGCCAAGGGUCCAGCACUACUUGGAGUGAAAGCUGUGAUUGCAAAGAGCUUUGAGAGAAUCCAUCGCAGCAAUCUGGUUGGAAUGGGAAUUAUUCCACUUUCUUUCAAGCCUGGUGAGGAUGUAGAAACACUAGGAUUGACAGGUCAUGAGCGCUAUACAAUAGACCUGCCAAGCAAAAUCAGUGAGAUAAGGCCUGGCCAAGAUGUUACUGUGACAACUGACACUGGCAAAUCUUUCAUGUGCACAGUCCGCUUUGACACAGAGGUGGAGUUGGCAUAUUUUGAUCAUGGCGGCAUUCUUCCAUAUGUCAUCCGAAACCUGAGCAAAGAGUAAACAAUUGAGCUUUGGCAUUCACUGUUUCACACCUUCUAAGCUUCUUCCCACGGGAAUUUUUUUUUAGGGGCGAUCACAUUUAGAGAUGUCAUGAAUCAUGGCCACAGCCUCUGAGUUCACCAGUUAGUUUAUGUCCCCUUUUCCAUUUAGCUGGGAUGGUGCUUGCAAUAAAAUUGUGAGGAAAGUUCAUUGUUUU